CUUUUUCUUUACCUGCACGAAGAGUGCUUCUUCCCGAGAUGAUAAUUUUUCGUGAAUCAUUCUGAAGAUCGCUUUUCUUUCAACGUCCCAAUGAUAGACGUUUUUGCGAUCCAUUUCUUUUUCUGUUAGGAUCGUCCAGACAUUCGUAGUCCUUCUCCUUUUAUCCUUCUCUCUCUUGAAAUUUUCUCGAGUUCUUCUCACCUUUGCUAUACUACACAAAGAACACACCUAUUAUCGAAUAUAUCCCCUUCAUUCUGAAACAACACUACCCACUCACGACCGUAUCGCAACUGUGACCGAAUAGCAAAAAUUAUUAUUAUUUCUGUUGACAGUCAUUAAAGACACGCGCCAUGUAAAUCUACGCGACGACGAAGCGCGACACAUACGCGUCCAACGGGUACUGAACAAAAUGGCGCUAUUAUUUUGCCUCCUUUCGACGCUAGGGUGCGCCACGUACGAUUCAUAAUUACACUCUUUGUUGCAAAGUUGUUCGGAGUAUUACGAAAUGCACUUUACAUCGAUACGAAAAAGAUAUAAGUACUGUUAUUAGUAGAUGGAAUAGGCUUUAAUCCAUCGCUCUUACUGAUUGGUUAAUUAAAACUUCAUCACUAACGUGGCCACGCAUCUGUUGUGGGGUUAUGAGAAAUUGUAAACCGUACUACUACGCAAACACGACGUACGAGUCAAUGUUCAUAUCUUACAAUUAUUCGGUUCAUUAGUAUUUUGAGUCUAAUCAAUUUACUCUCUCUCUCUCUGUCCCUUUUUAUUCGUAUCUGAGUGUAGUUCAUUUAGAAUUUAUAUUAAUUUGGCUUAAACGUCUACAAUGCUUAAGAAUACGGUAGCAUUAAUAACCGGUGGAGCCUCUGGUCUCGGUCGCGGAACUGUACAAAGAUUUGUCAGAGAAGGUGCAAAAGUUACAAUUGUAGAUCUUCCUAAUUCGAAAGGACAAGAAUUUGCCGAUCAGUUGAAAAAUCAGGCUGUGUUUGUACCAACCGAUGUCACUUCGGAAGAAGAUGUAAAGAAUGCUCUAAAUAUAACCAAGGAAAAAUUUGGCAAGUUAACUGCAGUUGUAAAUGCAGCAGGAGUAGCAAUCGCUUAUAAGACAUAUAAUUUUAAUAAAAAUAAACCACACGAAUAUUAUGAUUUCGAGAGAGUAAUUAAAGUGAAUACAAUUGGAACUUUUAAUGUGAUAAGAUUAGCCGUUGGUCUUAUCGGUGAAAAUACACCUAACGAAAAUGGUGAGCGUGGUGUUGUAAUUAAUACAGCAAGUGUGGCAGCAUACGAAGGACAAAUGGGACAAGCAGCGUAUUCUGCCAGUAAAGGUGCUAUCGUUGGAAUGACUUUACCAAUCGCGCGUGAUUUGUGUAAACAGGGUAUACGUAUAGUUACUAUUGCACCUGGAUUAUUUAAUACACCAUUACUAUCAACUUUACCGGAGAAAGUACGUAGCAUUUUAUCCAAAAUGAUACCUUUUCCUCAAAGAUUAGGUGAACCUGAUGAAUAUGCACAAUUGGCACAACAUAUAAUCGAAAAUCCACUUUUAAAUGGAGAAACAAUAAGGUUGGAUGGUGCUCUCAGAAUGCCAGCUUAAGUCUAAGGAUCUUUGUAUCUAAACACAUGCUCUUUAUAGAUAAACGAUGCACAUUGGAUAGGGCUACUGUAAUAAUUUUGUUAUGAUAUACAUACAUAUAUAUGUAUGUAUAUAUAUAUAUACAUACAUAUGUAUGUAUAUAUAUAUAUAUAUACACAUCUAUGAACAUGUUAAAUAAAACAAUUGUCUCUUAUACAUGCAACACCAUUAUAUUCUCUUAAAAUGUACAUGAACCACCAAAAGAUUUUCUAUUACAGAUAUCGACAAUUCUUUUUGUUACCUUACAACUGUACAUAAAUGCCUCGCAAAUUGCAAAAGUCGCAACUUCUUGAUUUAUAUAUGUUACUAGAGUGUUGCCUAGCAAAAGAGUUGUGUACGUUGUAUUAACAUAAAAAUCUUUGGUUGUUUGGUUAAUUCAUUAGUCUUUUUUCCCAAUAACCUCGGGAGAUUUCCAAAACUCCAACAAAUGCUGGAACUUGUUCUGAUGAUUUUUUGGAAGAGCCCAUUUAUUUGUUAAGGCAGGAUAAUCGGUAUCUCCGAGGUAUAGUCAUUCCUAGGCAUUCGAUUCUUUUAAAUUUUGAAGCUUUUCUAAUUGGUCAGGUUGUAAUUCGUCAGGAAUACUUGCCCUCCCACCACAAACUACCUUUUCAAGUAUAAUAGCAAUCUCUUCUGCUUCCUGUGCAUCUAUUACGGUGCCUCGUGACGGAAUUGACUGAGAGUUAUCUGCUGUACUCGGGCCGGACGUUGAGUCUGCUUCGCUACCAGAGCUACUACUCAAUGGAAAUGGCGCCGAAUCUGUUGGCAAGUCAUCUACCGUUGAUUUCUCUUCAAUAUCCUCUGCAACUUCUGUAACUUCUUGUUCAUCGUGUUCGUUCAUAAUGACAGUAGCUUCCUUGCAGUCGCUUUCGUUCAUAUCUGUGGUAACACUUGACGGUAAAUCUGCUUCAGAACUUUCCGUUGAUUUCACCGUAUCAUCCGUAUUUUCAUUUACUCCUGGAAACGGAUGUUCAACUUCUUCCAUUGGAGUAGCUGCUGUAAUAACAAUUUGUGCGACACCCAAUCCAAAGUCUUCUUUCACAUUUUCUGCAGUAUCGUCCGUUACAUUUCCCGACAAUUGUUCCUCCUUUUCGCCAGCAAUAGUCUGUUUGAAAAAGAAAAAAAAAAAAAAAGAGAAACGAAACAAAAAAAAACAGAAAAAAACGUUCGCCGUUAACGUUCAACAAUAAAUUAAAAAUAUUAUAUAGCUAUUUUCGCAGAAUUUCCUACAUUUGAAUCAAUUUUAUUCAUAUGCUCGUUAAAGCGAGUAUCUUUACCUUAUCUUCCACAUCUUCGAAUGCUUCCACAACUAGGAUAGUAAGAUUCGAAUAAAUCAUAUUGCCUUUUUAUAUAAGUUUUCUUAAAUAUACGAAUAUGUGAUUUUAUAGAUCCAUUAACAAUGAUCUCUUACCAAUUAUUCCAGGUGGCUCGGAUUUCUCUUCUUCAAAUUGCGAGCCGUAAUGUUCUUUUUGACCCCUUGUUAAAUUUAUCACAAAACCACUUUGUUCUUCUUCGGUUUUAGCAUCGGAAAUCUCUGAAUUAAACGAUAUUGAAAGUAUUCCAUCAUUUUUUCUUAUCGCGGUAUUUAUAAAAGGCAAAAGAAAAAGAGAGAAAUGUUUACCAUUUGAAAUAAAUUGUGCGGCUUCUUGUUCCAGCAAGAAUUCCGGCACUUCGGGCGGUGUAAAGACAGGUGGAGCAGAACUCGGUGGUGUCAUAUCCUCCUAAAUUAAGAAAAUUGUCAAAAUUCUUUCAUCAAAGAUAUAUUCGUUUAUACGUUUAUCGAGAUAUAGAUUUAUACGUCAUUUAUACGUUUGUCGAGAUAUAGAUUUUCAAACCUGAGGAGUCAAAGGUGAACCAUCGGGAGCACAUGGUUCGACAACAAGAGACGGGAAUAAUCCUCGGCAUCCUCGUAAUUCUCCUUCCCACCAGCCAUCAUCAACAUCAUGCGGUUCUUUUCUAAGUACUUUAACGAUAUCACCUUCGAGGAAACUAAGUUCUUCUUCGCACGUAGCAUCGUAAUCGUAAAGAGCGAUACAAUAUUGAUCGAUAUCUGUAAUUAACUCGAUCAUUAGAUAACGCAUCGAUCCGUAUGAAAAUUAAAACGACAUAUUUCUUUUUACAAUAACUUACCACUUAUAUGAUUUUGCAUUAUCGCCUCUUGUUCGCCUUCCUGUUCUAUAGCGGGCUGUAAAUUAGCAUCGGGAUCAACGGCAUCGUGAUCGUCUAAAGUAUAAUCCACAGAAGAGAAGGAUAUUUGUUGGACGAGGCUAGGCCCUUGAGAAGAAAGGCCAGAAGUAUCCGGUUCUCUUUCAACGUCCAAAUAAUUCUGUGGUACGUAACCUUCUUCCCCGCGAUAAUUUCGUGCCCUCAACCAACCAUCUCCGUCGCCUUCGCCAACAACGUCGAGUUGUUCGCUCUCGACGAUCGACAACUCGUCUGGAUUUUGUGCCUAACGAGAGGAUUGAUUCUCUAAGUAAAAAGAAUGAACUAAAAAAUUAUUAUUACAAAAUGUCUUAUUCACCGUAUACGAAUAUAAUGCCGUGCAUUUGUAUAUUUGUUGAACAGGAGCAGGUUCUUGCGUUUCUACUUGUUCAUCUUUCUCUUCGUUUACCCAAUCAACAGACAUUGGAUCGUCCCAACCAGCAGUUAAUUGCUCUAUCCGUUGUUUCUCUUGCUCGAGUAAAGCUGAAACACGGUAAAACAUUAUUUCUUUAAUUCGUACAGAGUUCAUAAUGACGGAUACCUACCAUCGACCUCCUCGCUGUCGUGCCUUUGUCUUUCUUCUUGAACCUCUUCCUCUUGUUGUGGUGCAUUACGAGUACCAGGUCUUUCUACUGUCGUUAAAUCGCUACCACCAUCGCCAUCACUAUCGUAGAACGACUCCGAGGAAGGAUGCUCCUGCUUAAAAGUAUUUUUGUGUAAGACAGAACGGUUCUAUUAUGAUUCGUUUUUACUACAACAUUCUUUAUUAUUACCCCUGCGCCAGAUGCAUCAGUUCUAACUGACAAAGAACUGGCCGAUCUUGGCAUAUCUUGGACACUCAACGUUUCAGCCUCUUGAAGCCAUUCGUCGACGUUUACUAAACGAACAAAAAAAUAAUAUUUUUAAAUUAAUUUUGAAUUUCUUUCUGUUUCUAUUAUUUACUCAACAAUUAUUUUGUUUAACCGACCUCCGCCAUGUCGAAGACAUUCUAUUCUUGCCUCUGCUUUUAAUUUCGCCGUCUAUCAACCGAAAAUUUAUAUACAUAUACAUAUAUGUGUGUGUAUAUGUAUAUACACACAUA